UAGUUCACAGGUGGUGUGAUAUGCUCAUAUACUGCUAUUGGCUAAGUACCACAAAAGGGUACUUAUACGUGAAUUUAAAAAAAAACACUGACAUUGCCAAGAGCUCACAGGGUAAAGCAAAACCCAUUUGUGGCAUUUUUUGUUAUGUUUGUUCGGUUAAAAUGAUCAAUGCGCUACAUUUACCCACAGCCGAUGUUUGAAGCCAGAGUCAUUUACUGCAUGGGCUUGCGACGGGAGUGCUGGGGUCUAUAUCAGUGUGUCGAGUUGGGCUUUAUUACGGGGCUAUAGCUGCCAUCACUGACACGUUCUGCACAGGUUUUUUUUUUUCGGGUUGGACCGCCGGUCAUCAUCAGUCUACAUAAAACAGUAAAACUCUUGCCUUCAAAUUGAAAUCGUCACCAAGCAUCGGUUAACAAUGGAGUCCGAAACAACGCAGCCCAAGCGAUUUUUCCUCUGGACCGUCCCACGCUCCGUCUCGACGGCCUUCGAGCGAUGCAUGAGCGGGCUCGGCAACGUGGCCCUAGUCCACGAGCCGUACACGGCCGCCUACUACUUCGGCCCGGACCGCGUGUUCCUCAACACACCCUUCAUGCCUGUCGAGCACGACUACUCUUACGCUAAGAUCAAGGAGAUGAUGGAAGGAGAGUUCUACGAGAAAGAGUACGUCUUUGGGAAGGACCAUGCUUACUCUCUCGACGAGCGCUACGACUCGCUACCCGCUGGCUUCACCCAUACGAUUCUUAUCCGGGACCCGGCGAGAUCCAUGGCCUCGUUCUACGACGUCUGUAACAUGCCGAUUCUGAGACACUACAGCAUGCUGAAGUACAUUCUACCGGAAGGCUAUGCCUUCAAACAGCUCUACGAUCUCUACCAGUACCUCCUGGAGACCACCGGGAAAGAACCUGUCGUGCUGGACUCUGAGGACAUCCUGAAAUACCCGGAACAGAUGAUCAGGCGUUACUGCGAGGCCGUCGGUGUGCCCUUCAAGACAAGCAUGCUCGACUGGGAUCCACAGGUCAAUGUGACCCAGUCGUGGGCCAGCAGCUUGAAACUGAUGCAACAUAUCGGGGUCUACGAGAAGGCUCUAAAGAGCAGCUGUUUCAGCUACAGGAAGCCCAAGCCAGUUGAUGUGCUUUCCUUGCCUGCGGACUUCCAACACGCGAUAAAGGUGUCGCAGCCUUACUAUGACAUGCUGUAUGAGAAGAGAAUAGUUCCUGAGGACAGAGAGACCGAAGUAUGAACAGUUUAUUGAAGCCCCUUAGUUUUUUAUCGUUACGAACGGCUUCGGGUUUGAAUUCGGCUUCAGGUUCCGUUCUCUCGUCUGAAGCCCUGAGCACGUACGAAAAGCACACGCAAUUGUCAAAACAACUGCGGGGCCAUGCUUGCCUCUGAGCCGAAUCUGGAGCUGAAGUCGUGGUUUCGAAAAGGCCACCCCAUUAUUGUGUUUCCCCUGAACAAAAUAAUUAGCAAGCUGGCCAAGGGCGCCACACCUUUGACUUCACUCACUUAAUGACGUCACUCAUCACUGGAUUGGUCCCUAUAAGGAUAAGGACAGGUGUUGGCUUCACUAUGCAUACACCAUGUACGUCGAAUUUAACUGGGAAUCUCCCGAACCGUGAAAUGACGCAAGGUCAAAUGUGAUUAUGGACGAUCACGAGGGCUCAAUGACAGAUCUCUGGCGUACUUCUCACGAACCCGAAGUGUGACGUCAAAUGUUCGGGUUAUAUCACUGCUGUGCAGUUAUGUUUACUAUCAUUUUUAAAAGUUGUUUAAAAUUGCGCCACUUGAAGGCAAUUUUUUUAGUUUGCCUUUCUGACCAUGAUUAUGACCAUCAGAUGUCGCUUUGAUGUAUUUCAUUUCAUUUAUGAAUAUGAAUUAUGUUUUAUUGUCAUUUGUAAAAAUACAAAUAUUUGUACAGUGAAAU